CGUCCACGGUCCCACGUUGGGAGGGGUUGAUGCAGAAUCUCUGCCCUCCCAGCUCAGCCACCGGCUACUCCCUUUGGUCCGAGGGCCCUACAACUUCCCAGAGGCCUUUCGUCCGGGGACCAUGAUCUCCCCCUCCCCCCUCAGUGUCCUGCUAAGCCCUCCGGGCCCUUUGGGCUUUAAGCCCGAAGAGAUGUACCAACCACAGCCCGGGAAAGGCUUCUUCCCGAAGCCGCUUUUGGGAUCCCCAAGCACCUUUCUAAUGCCCGGCCGGCCGGCCCUCGUGAGUGACCCCCGUCGCGGUUAGAUUCUCUUGUUGGCGAGUUUUCAGAGAACCCCAAUUCCGUACUUCGGCUUCAGCUCAUGCCCCUAACUUGGGACCUCGGUUUCCUAACGAGACUCGGGGACGGGCCGGAGUGGCCCCGAGAGCAGCCGCGCCCUCCCCCCGCCCAGGGACUCGGAGGUCUCGGCCAGAAGACCUCUCCCCAAAUAAGGGGGCAAAUCCGCCGGCUCCCUCGUCCAACGGGCCAAUGAGCGGCGUUGCUGGGUGGAACUUGGGAAAGCCGCUGGAGCUGAAGGAGUCCGAAGGAGCCGCAGCCAGAGAUCACCGCCCCUCCGGCCGAUGCGGGGAGCGCGCGUUUGGGGAACCGAGAGCGGGAAGUGCGACUGACCGGCAUGGCCGCCGCCCAAACCCCAGUGACAGGAGCCCCGCCAGGGGGGUACUUAGCGAGCGGCCCGCCGGAGCCCGUUAACUGGGAAACCAGCCAGAACUGCCCCGGCAGUCCGAGCGCCCGCGGCUUCUAGCAGGAGAGGGAGCAGGCCGGCCCCGGGCCCUUUGCUCCGAGCCCGAGGCUUUCACAGGCCCCAAACCCUGGCAGCGACAGCGCGGGAGCCCAGCGCGGCCAGGGACCGAAGGAUUUGGGGGUCGGGGGCCGGGCAAGAGGAGGGAAAGCACCGGGGCUACCAGGGUCCGCCAUACCGCCACCUCCUGGGAAAGGAGGGCUUAGCAUCUGCUCAGCGCCCUGGCUGGGCCCUCUGGGACCACAUUCAGUCUGAGAUUCCCUUCCGGGUGGACCCGCACUUGGGGGUCAUCCAGUUGUGGCAGCUCUAUGUUCAGGGGGAACCCGGAGCCUCCCCCCGCCGCACUAUUCUUGUGGCUCUUCCUUCCAGGUCCCUCCCGGAGGGCUCCGGCUUUGUGGGAGGACCCAAACCGGGACCGCCUGGGAGAAUUUGACUUCAUUUCUCUAAGUGGGUUAUUCUUAACCCAAUUUGACCAGCCUCUUGGGCCGCUCUUUCCUCUUAGACUCUGCAAGGCCCCUCCCAGAGGAACAGUUCAAGGGUUCUCAGUGACGGAGAAUCCCCCCAAGGGCCUGCUUCUUUCUCUCUUUCAAACCCUGCCCCUCCCCUAUUGAUUGUGAGAAUCAACACUGUGGAUCAGUUCCGAGGCAGAAGAGUGGCCAGGGAUAGUCCAUGGGGGUCAAGUGACUUGCCCAGGGUCACACAGCUGGGAAGUGUCUGAGGUCAGAUUUAAACCCAGGACCUCCCGUCUCUAGGCCUGGCUGGCAAUCCACUGAGCUACCCAGCUGCCCCUCCCCUCAAAUAUUUCUUGUCUGUUUGCAAUAACCAGGCAGGUCUGUGGUUUGCCAAGCCUCUGUGAAGAUUCUGAAGCUCUAGAACAUGUACAGAACACGCCUAAGUGCUAGAGCCUCUCAGCAGAAUAAGAAGAGCUUCAGCAUUUUGAAAUCGCAGCAUCCAAACCAAGAGUUAAUUAAUUUCUCCUUUAAAAGUGGCCUCCUCCCCCGGGCAGCACUGAAAUCGGGCCACCUCCCGCAGAUUCUGCUCCCCCAGGGCAAGUUCUCUGGCUGGCCUCAGCUUUGGGGACCGGGCAAAGAUUUUCCAGCCAAUCAGAAAGAAGGCAGAAGUCGGUCCCAACCAAUCACAGGGCUCUGGAGAGGGAGCAGCAGCGCUGUGAAGCUGGGACCCACCUAAGGCAGCGCAAUGAGUCUUCUGUCAUUUAUGUGCCCCAACCUUGUCCUCCUUCGAGCUACAUUUCUGACAGCGGCUGGGUGGAGGCAGCUAAUGAGAGGACCGCCCUGAAGCUGUUCCGCCAGCUCCCCUUCGCCUGGCUGCCCUCAGGGAGUCACCCCCGGGGCCUUCGAAUUGCGGAAUGCUGUAGAGAGUUCGGGACAGGAGCUGAAUGGCCUGCGUUCCCUUUGCUGGAUCACGGCUGAGGCCGAGAGCCCCGGAACGCACGCUUCAGGGCGCGGGGAUGGCGCUCCCUCCUUCUCUUCAGGGACAGUGUAAUCAGCAGCUACCCUUCGGAGCGCAGGCCCUGAAGGGGAUUCUGGAGCUACAGUGGAACCCCAAUCCAGGCAAAAUCCAGAACCCAGGUUCUUGAGCUUCUAGGAGAAGCUUCUAAAAAUGUUCCCAGUUAGCCCAGAUCACAGUCUUAGUUACAGCAUUUCGUGUCACGAGGAACAUUUCUCUGUUUUCAUUAGUCCAAAGCAGUUCCUCAAAUUGAGAUGAAAUGCAGUGGGGUUUCAGAACCCAGAACCCAGAACCCAGAACCCAGCACUCCGAGCUUUAGCCAGCCACCUCUCAUCUGCCCUAACUAUUCCCUCCCCUACCCACAGACACACGCUCUCUCUCUGUGUCUCUGUGUCUCUUUUGGUCAGUCUCUGUCUGUCUGUCUGUUUCUCUGUCUCUGUCUCUGUCUCUGUCUCUGUCUCUGUCUCUGUCUCUGUCUCUGUCUCUCUCUCUCUCUCUCUGCCUCUCUGUCUCUCUUUGUCUCUGUCUCUUUCUCUGUUUCUCUCUGUCUCUUUUGGUCAGUCUCUGUCUGUCUCUGUUUCUCUGUCUCUUUUGGUCAGUCUCUCUAUCCCUGUCCCUAUCUCUGUCUCUCCCUCCCUCCCACCCUCCAGCCAGGCUAAACUGAGGCCCCCAAUUUGAGAACAAGCUCCGGAUUAGUGGGUGGCUCAGUCUCCCAGACUCCCAGGAGAGUUCCUUGAUGAGCGAGUCCCUCACUGAGCCUUGCCUGGAAAUCCCUGGGUUCCUGCGGAUGGAUGCCAAGUGCUGAGGGCCAGGCCGGCAGGUGGCUCAGGCAGCACCAAGUUGGAAUCUCUGCUGGGGCUUCCAAAUAAGUCAGCCUCCAAAGCACAGAACCACCAAAGAAGAGGCCUUUAAUUAGGCCAGGGAAACCCGGUGGUCAGGCCACGCACAGAGGCCCAGCCUGAGGAGACUCUGAGAACACCGUGUCCAGGAAGAAGGCCAAGAAUGGAAACUUCCACCAAACCAGAGAACUUGGAGUCCUAUUUCUCCCUUUGGGACAUGUGAAAGGAAGGACCACUGAGUGGCCCUGGGUGUUAGCCUGAGGCUGAAACUUGGGAGGAGCUGAAAUCAAUGGGAGGCACUUCGGCCACCCCUAUCCAGGGUGCUGAAUGGCCUGUUGAAAGCACCGCUGGGGGCUGCCUGGAGCUUGGAAUGGAACCUGAGCUGGUGUGCCCGAGUCGGGAUCAUGAAACCUCCCGGCAUUUAAGGGAUGCCGUCUUUGCACUUUUCUCUGAGUAGGUUCCUGUUACUGUCCUUCAUUUUAAGGUGAAAUCUACCCAAUGCAGCACAAGAUCUUCAGCGGGCCCCCCCCCCCCCAAUUCUCCAUCCUCCAAGGGAGGAGUCACUUUCCAACAAUGGCUCCCCCUCCAGAAAUGGAAAAUUUUCAAAUAAACAGAGUCAGUUACAUAAUGGCUUCCGGGUUUUCCCCCAAUGGGAAGAUGAGAACCAGAAGGGGAAUAACUUAAACCAGGUUACAGGUUUGAACAGGGAAACCCAGUUGUCUGUUUCACAGGCCUGAUUGCUGGGCUGUGUGUGGGGUGGGAUGUUGGUGAGCCCCAAGGAGCACCUCCCCCCCCCCUUCCCCAGCUGAUCCUGUGUGCUGAGACCAUUUGAUGCAGGUCUGACUGCUGGGCAAGCUUGUAGCCACACCUGAGACCUGGGUGAGAGGUGAUGACAGCCUGGGAAGUGGGAAUCUGACUUUCCUUGUCUAGCAUCAGCAACUUUUAGAUGGGUCAACCCAAACUGAAGCACCCCCAGAAACACUUUCUAAGCCAUCGAGGAGAGAAUUCCCAGGUCGCUUCCUUAGAGAACUCCGGCCUUUUAACUCGGGCUCGUGAGUCCUCUGGAUAAGAGUUCACACCCGCAGAAGACCAGAACCUGAGGAGAAGAUUGAGACUCUCCUGGGUCAGGAGGAUACCGGGUGGAUGAAGGAAGAGGCUUCCCCGGUGAGGCCCGCUUUGAAGAGGUUAUCAGACUCGCCUGGAUGUCGGCACCUGAGGGAGCUUUUGUCUCAAGGAGCUGAGCUGAAUGUCUUUGAGUCGGCAGUUUCAGGGUGUUUGGCUAGGAAACAGUCCUCCUUCGCUCUUACAUUUCUCUCCUUUGCUGUAUUUCUGUCAUAUUACAUUAUUGAGCUACCGACAGACCUUUUUGGACUUAAGAAAGGUGAGAGCUUCCUGCCUUGCUCCCUCAGAGCCCAGAUCACUGCCUUCUGAAGCCCACCUCUGCAGUGCCAGGGAACCCGAGAGUGGCGAGAAUGACCCCUGGGAGCCUCAGAAGCCCACCCCAGGAGGGCCGGUCAAACAGGAAGUGAAGGGGACCUCCUCAGAGACAGGCCAUUCUGGGGAAGAAACGCGCAAGCCAAGAUCCAUGAGAGACGCUGGUCCCAGGGAGUUCACUCUGAGAGAAAAUGGCGCCAAGCAGCCGAGACUCCACCGCCGGGAGAACGCCGCGAGUAAUCUGUAUGAAAAGACUUUCCCACGCAGCUCCGGCUUUGCUCGGCGUCAGAGAAUCCACACCGGAGAGAAACUCUACGCAUGCAGUCAGUGUGGAAAGACUUUCCGAUGGAGCUCCAGCCUGGCUCAACAUCAGAGAAUCCACACUGGGGAGAAGCCUCACGAGUGUGAGCAGUGUGGGAAAGCUUACACUCAGAAGGCCAGCCUCGUUCUGCAUCAGAAAAGGCACACCGGGGAGAAGCCUCAUGAGUGUGAGCAGUGUGGCAAGGCGUUUUCCAAGAGCUCGAGCCUUGCUUUCCAUGAGAAAGUGCACAAGGGAGAGAAACCCUAUGAGUGUGGCCAGUGCGGGAAGAUUUUGAAGUGCAGCUUCAGCCUUGUUGUCCAUCAGAGAAUCCACACCGGGGAGAAACCCUACCAGUGUGGCCAGUGUGGAAAGAGCUUUCGACAGUUCUACAAGUUCGCUGAACAUCAGGGAAUCCACACGGGCGAGAAGCCUUACGAAUGCCCUCAGUGUGGAAAGACUUUCAGAAGGAGCAACAACCUCGUGAAGCAUCAGAGAAUCCACACGGGCGAAAAGCCCUAUAAAUGCCGCCACUGCGGGAAGACCUUUUCCCAGGGCUCCCAGCUCGUCUUCCACGAGAGGACUCACACCGGCGAGAAACGGUAUGAGUGCGAUGAGUGUGGAAAGGCUUUCACGUGGAACUCCAGCCUGGCCCUGCACCAGAAGAUCCACCGAGGAGAGCGGCCGUACGAGUGUACCGAAUGCGGGAAGACCUUCCGAGUCAGAGCCAUUCUGAACCUGCAUCGGAGGAUCCACACUGGGGAGAACCUCUAUGAAUGCAGCCAGUGCGGGAAGGCUUUUACCCAGAAGUCCAACCUCACUCAGCACGUGAGGACGCACAGCGGAGAGAAGCCCUUCGAGUGUGGCCAGUGUGCAAAGGCUUUCAAGUACAAGAAGAGCCUCGACCUGCACAAGUGCGUCAGACCUGUGGAGAAACGCUACGAAUGUCGCCAGUGUGGAAAGACUUUGAAAAGCAGGAAGAGUUUUGUCCUGCAUGAGAGGCUCCACACUGAAGAGAACUCUUACACGUGCGAUCAGUGUGAAAAGACGUUCCACGGCAAAAAGGCCCUCGCUUUGCACAAGAAGUUCCACGCCGUAGAGACGCGCUACGAAUGCGAUUCCUGCGCGAAGGUCUUCACCCAGAGAUGUCGCUUUGUCGUCCAUCGGAGAAUCCACACUGGAGAGAGGCCUUACGCGUGCAGUCAGUGCGGGAAGACGUACACGCAGAGGGGCCACCUGACCGUCCACCAGAGGAUCCACACUGGGGAGAAACGCUACGCAUGCCAGCAGUGUGGAAAGGCGUACACGCAGGGGAGCCACCUGACUGUCCACCUGCGAGUCCACAGCGCAGAGAAGCCUUACGAAUGCGGUCAGUGUGGCAAAGCCUUCCGGAGAAAGCAAGGACUGCAGUCCCAUCAGACGCUUCAUACCAGAUAGCUGAGAGGAGACGUUCAGACGCAGAACGGAAACCUUGCCGCGCUGUCUGAGGACUCGGCGUGGGAAGCCUUCGGCCAGAGAAGAUUCACGGGAAAGAAGCCUCCGGAAUGGGCUGCCUUCCUCUGGGAGAUGGAGGUACCUGGGAGGCUUAAAUGUUAUCUGAGUGUAACAAAGUGGGGAAAUAAGGGGGGAUGUGCGGAGCCCUCGGGGGCGGGACGACCAAAGGAGGUGCCAGGAAAGCGGCGUCUCCAGGGAAGGAAGGGACUCCCGUCACUCUCUGUCAAGCAGAGAGUGGUCUGAGGACGUUAAAAUUGGGCAGCUGAGGGGAUUGUGUGGUCUCCCCUGGCCUCCUAGAUGGGUCUGCGUUCAGCUGCCUGCGACAAUCGGGAAGCUUCUCAUUUCUGCCCCCUGAUUUUGGGGACCCAACAGUCGUGGCUAUGAGGGAUCCCCGAUGGACUUGGGCGGAACAAACAACUUUGUAAAUAGGCAGCUGCCCGGAAGAGGCCCUGCAGGCUAUCUGAAAGGUGCUCUUGCUUCAGUGAAAUGAAACCCGGCUUAUCUGACCUGUGCAGUCCAUCAGGGUGGCCUCUGCCCGGGCAGAGACCUGCCUUUGGGGGUUCCUGAACUUGGUAAGUCCUGGCUGACCCCUUCCUGUGGCCCGAUUAGUCAUUGGAAAAUGGUCUAAAGAGAACGAAAACUUUUCAAAGCCAUCCACAAGUUACCGUCUCUUCAGACUGCCCUUUUGAAGCUGGCAAGCGGUUGGCACGUAGACAAGAAGCGCAGAAGAAAAAGAAAUCUUUUUUUCCAGGCUGCAGAAACGCGUGGCAUCAUGAAGACCAAAAGGGUGAAUUUAAUGAGGGUGGCAAAGCCAAGAGGGAGCGGCAGGAAGUCACUGCACAUGCCCAAAUUUCCCUCCAAACAACCCUAAGAUGCCUCCUGCAGUCGCAUUCUGGACGGGUUGUAAGUUGACAAGAAUGAUCUGCUUAGCUAGAAAGAGGAAUGCGUUUGGGGAAGGGGAGGGAGAGCUAGAGGAGCGUGAAGGAGUUGGGGAGGAGCUUGCCCUGGAAGCGAAGAUGGAGGCUGCCCGAAUGAAUACCCAGAAGUAUCUCAAAGAGGGAAUAGCAGAUACCCCGUUCCAGCAUGGAAAUCAAUCUUAGCCUACAUGGGCGUUUGGGAGGGAAGUGGAAAUCACAAGGGCUGCUUCCUGGAAGGGGGACACAUUCACAGAGGUCGUGGUGGUAAGAGGCAAAGCCAGGGAGGGAUGACAGUAAAGAGAGGCCAAGUGGAAACAAGGUGGAGAUGGAAAGUGGCAGUUAUUGUGCCUGUCGAUGUGAAUGAGAUGGAGAGAGAGCAGAAUGGAUUUAAAACCACUCCGGUGACUUCGAUUUCUUUUUUUUUUUUAAACAUUAUUUUAUUUGGUCAUUUUCAUACAUGUGACUUCGAUUUCUAAGAAACACACAUUAGAAAUGCAGGUCUGGAACAGACAAUUACAACUCAGCUGAGACACCCCCAAAAAGAGCAAUGAGGAACUCAGCGGAAAAAAGCAAGAAUAGGUUUAAUUAAACAGAGAGUAGGGAAACGGCAUUUAUGCCAAAAGGAGCACACGCAAUGAAGUCCUAGCAAUAUUAAACAUACUUCCUAAUGAUAGAGCUUCCAAUUAUGAAAAGACAUGUUAAAUGAAUUAGAGAAGGAAAACGUUUUAAAACUAGAGCAGUCCGGCACCUCAAGCCUCUAUCAGUUGGAGAAUUCUAACCCCAAAUAAGCCAGAAAGAAGUUAAGAGUUGGACAGAAUUUUUAAAAAUAGAGCUAGGAGAGAACUCUUCAGAACAUUGAAUGGGACUCUAAAGGAGUAUCUCUUUUCUUAGGGAUACACGACACCUUCACUAAAAUCAGCUCUAGGUGAGGGCAUAAAAACCACAACUGGGUGCCAAAAUAGCAAAUCCAUCCUUUUCAGGAGAGAGAUCUUAUCUCAGGCUACCAUAUCACACCUCACUGUCAAAAUAACCUUCCGGAGGUCCUGGAACGCUACCUUUCAGAAACCUCUAGUGGCUUCUUUGUUCUUAGAGGCCACCAGAACAUCCUUAUCAUGGCAUUUGGAGCUUUCCAAGGCCUGUCUCCAAACUUCCUUUCCAGUCUAGUUGUCAGGAAGUAUUUAUUAAGUGCCCACCUACGAGGGGCCAGGCAAUGAGGUAAAUACUGGGUAUAUUAAGAGGCAAGGCCCAAAGUUCCUGGUCUCCAGGAAUUUCUUUAGUCAAGGAGAGAGCUGUGCACACACCAUGUGAGCAGAAGAAGCAGAGAUGAUCUCGGGGAAAGAAAGCACUGCCAUUGGGACAGGGUAUGUGGAAAGGCUUCUUGGAAAAAGGAGAGUUAGAGUUGCCAGUUGUAGGAAGCUCUUCAGGAGGAGGGGAUGAACCCCCCAGGCUGAUAACUAUGGAGAUCAGUCCCUACAAUUGCCCCCUUUUCCUGUGAUCAUUUCAAGAUGAGUGUGUUGGCUUUGACAUGAUGAUAACUAGCAUCCUUGUUUUCAGACUACUUGUGGCCUUUGGGUCUCUGUAACAUGAAGGUGCUUCUUUGGUUUUCCUCUUUUGGAGGCUGGGAUGCAUUUUUCUCAAACGGUUGCUGAUCAUUUGUUCUUUUUGUACAACCAGCUGUUCUUCCCAUUCCCUAAUUUAUCUGCUGGGAAAUGUGCUUCACUCUUGGAAAUUUGGUGAGUGCGUUUCUCACGGAUGCUCAAUGCCAUCGUAUUAUUGGAAAUGUUUACUACAUAGACGAGUUCCUGGUUUCUUAUUCUUGACUGCAUUGCUCUGGCUUACAUUAAAGGGUUAAAAAAUUGUGUAUCUUAUGCUUUGCUUCAACUCACGCCUUUAUUUCCUUUGACUGAACAAGCUGUCUACGAUUGUAAUGGAUACCCUGCUGCUCUCGGGAAUGAAAAACCUGGGAAGACUUGCAUGAACUAAUGCAAAGUGAGGUGAGCAGAACCAGAAGCCUGGUGCACAGUAACAGCUGUAUUCUAUGAUGAACAGUGGAGGGAUCCAGCUCUUCUCAGCUAUUCAGUGAUCCCAAGGACUCAGGAUGAAAAAUGCCAUGCCCCUGCAGAGAAAGAACUGCUGGGUCUGAAUGCGGAUCAGAACAUCCAUUGCAUUGCACUUCUUUGGCUCUCUGGAUCUCUUCCCCCAAAUGACUAAUACGGAAAAAUUGUUUCACGUGAUUGUAGAUGAAAAAUGUAUGUCUAAUUCCUUACAGUCUCAGGGAACAGGGAAGAGAGAAAAGGGAGGAGUGAGGAAAAGAAGUUGGAACUCAAAUUGCUUUUGAAAAAUGAAUGUUAAUUAUUUUUACACAUAAUGUGUGGGAGGAAUUAAAUAUUAUAAAAAUGAUUUCAUCUCUA